GGUACCAAUUUGAAACAUGAAGAUUGUAAUUCUGCUUCUCUCUCUUCUGGGAUUGACAAUCGCCUUUCCAAUAAACCAACUGAGUAGAGCCAUCGCUGCAAGCAACAGCAAAGAGGUAUUCCGACUGCUGCAAAGGUACAGAGCCACGGGAAACAAUCCACAGCAAACACAGCAAAGGUCAAAUCCCGGGUAUGGACUCCCUCCAGCAAAGCUGGUCCCAGAUCAGACUGCCUUAACAAACCAGCUUCCAAAUGAGGUUACUCCGCUUGAAUGGCCAUUUAUAAAUUUCCCUGUGACUCUUCCAAAAACCCCAUCGGAGCUAGGAGCAACAAACUGGCAACCUGUCCCUGGUUUCCAGUUGCUGCCAUACUCACAGAUGGCCCCAAUAGACAUCAAUGUUCUUAUGGCUCUGCUUGGACACAGACUGUUUCCUUCAACACAAAUAUUGCCUGGAGGAGGUGACGGAUUGAAUAUCCCACAGCAGCUGCUGCCACCACCUCAAAUACUUCCAAUUAUAUUAUCACAUAUGGGACCACAGGGUGCAGUGCUCAGUUCGGAAGAAGCGGAAUCACCUUCCCAGGUUUUUACUGGGUUAAUUCUCCCUGGAAUGCCAGGGAUAUUGAUCCCUUCAGGCCAGGCAGAAGCCCCCCCUGAUGGUCAAGAGGGGCUUCUUCCAGCAGGCCAGGCGGGAUCCAACCCAGGCAACUCAGCAGGUCAGCUACCAUUUCCAGAGGGCACAGCAGACGCAACGGCCCUAGCAGGCAUCCAGAAGAUUUCCCCAGCGAUGAACGAUGACCUGAGUGGGGCAGCAACGGGCCUGCAUCCAACUCCCUCCGGGUUUAGACAGCCAGGUUACGAACAUGGUGUCACCCAGGAUCCAUUUGCAGAACCCACGGUCUUCAUCAAAAUCAAUAUGGAACCGAGUGAGCUUCGGGAACCACCUACGACAGUCGCAAGACCUGAGAAUGACAAAAUUGUGGGCGGCCAUACUUUGGCCCAAUCGCUUGUGAGAGGAGACAGCCAUAUGCCAGUAACCACCAUGGAGAGCAAGCCAUUGAGAGAGCCAUAA